GUUUGGUGCAUCGAACUGUAACUCAUUAUAGGAGAUCAAGCAAGUAAAAUGACACCCAUGGCAAAUGAAAAGACUGGAGCAUCAAAUUUCCCAGGAAGACCUGCUGCCUCUCCCUUUGCAGCUGCUCCUCCGACAAUGACACCCUUUUUAUCCUCUGCCCCAGUGGUUGGAUCUGAGGCUUCCGGAUAUACAGCUUUUCCACCGGCUAGGUUUAAUGUUCCAUCUAUGUCUUCUCCGCCAUCUUCUUAUGUCCCACAGGAUGUUGGUUCCUAUCAAAAUUUUCCAACUUCACAUUUUCCUCCAGCUCAACCCGUACCCCCGUCACGUGGUACACCUGUUGGGCAACCAGGGUUAUCCCCAUCAGUUCUUCCCUCUUCCGGUCAACAAAUUUUACCUCCACCACCUGUUUCUUUUCGUCCACAACCCCAGAUUCCUUUGGUGCCUAUGGGACCUCCUCAAAAUGUACCUCAUACUCCACCAAGAGGGAAUGUACCCCACUCUUCAUUAGAGCCCUCGUUUCCUGCUUCUAGAUCAACUAUGCAGCCAUAUCUGCAAGGAUAUCCUAAUGUGCAAGCUAAUCCUGCUUCACAAGUUCCAUCUGCUCGGUCUCCAUUUUUUGCUCAACAAGGAGGUUAUGUACCACCGCCACCUGUAGCAGCUCCGAUGGGUGUUAAUCCAAGGGAACAAAUGCAACACCCCGGUGCAGUACCUCCUGUAGGUCCCUUUCCAGGAUUGUUGGAGGAGUUCCAGUCCCUUUCUUUUGGAUCUGUUCCAGGAGCAAUUGACCCAGGACUUGAUUCUAAAGCGUUGCCGAGGCCUUUGGAUGGUGACAUAGAGCCAAAGUCCUUCAUUGAGAAGUACCCCUUGAAUUGCCAUCCCAGAUAUUUAAGGCUUACCACAAGUGCAAUACCAAACUCACAAUCAUUGUUUUCUAGGUGGCACUUGCCUCUAGGAGCAGUGGUUCAUCCUCUUGCUGAAGCUCCUGAUGGGGAGGAAGUGCCUACAGUUAAUUUUGGAUCAAUGGGCAUUAUUCGAUGUAGAAGAUGUCGCACAUAUAUCAAUGCCUAUGUUACAUUUACUGAUGGGGGUAGAAAGUGGAGCUGCAACAUCUGUGCUUUUCUCAAUGAUGUUCCUGGUGAAUAUUUUUCCUAUUUGGAUGCAAAUGGUCGAAGAACUGAUUUGGAUCAACGGCCUGAACUUUCGAGGGGUAGUGUAGAAUUUGUGGCUCCAACUGAGUAUAUGGUGCGGCCUCCAAUGCCACCGCUAUAUUUUUUCCUCAUUGAUGUAUCAGUGUCUGCUGUUAGAAGUGGUAUGCUUGAGGUCGUAGCAAAUACGAUUAGAUCUUGCUUGGAUGAGUUGCCUGGCUACCCCAGAACACAGAUAGGGUUUUUAACUUUUGACAGUACGUUACAUUUUUAUAAUAUGAAGUCAUCUUUGACGCAACCUCAAAUGAUGGUGGUGUCAGAUUUGGAAGACAUAUUUGUACCAUUGCCAGAUGAUCUGCUGGUCAACUUGUCUGAAUCAAGAAAUGUGGUAGACGCAUUUCUAGGUAGCUUGCCAUCCAUGUUCCAGGACAAUGUAAAUGUGGAAUCUGCUUUUGGUCCAGCUCUUAAGGCAGCUUUCAUGGUUAUGAACCAACUUGGGGGUAAAUUGUUGAUCUUCCAGAGCGGGCUACCAUCACUUAGCAUUGGCCGCUUAAGGUUGCGAGGAGAUGAUCAUCGUGUUUAUGGAACAGAUAAAGAAAAUGCACUGAGAAUACCUGAGGAUUCUUUCUAUAAGCAAAUGGCUGCUGAUCUUACCAAGUACCAGAUAGGGGUGAAUGUAUAUGCUUUCAGCGACAAGUACACUGACAUUGCAUCACUAGGAACUCUGGCAAAAUAUACUGGUGGACAAGUAUAUUACUUUCCAAGUUUCAAAUCGACUGUCCAUGGAGAGAGGCUGAGAUAUGAGCUCGCCAGGGACCUUACAAGGGAAACUGCUUGGGAAGCAGUGAUGCGUAUAAGAUGUGGCAAAGGGGGCCGGGUUACAAAUUAUCAUGGACACUUCAUGUUAAGAUCUACAGAUUUAUUGGCACUUCCAGCUGUCGACUGUGAUAAAGCCUUUGCAAUGCAGUUUUCUCUGGAAGAAACAUUAUUGACAACUCAGACUAUAUAUUUUCAAGUUGCUCUGCUAUACACAUCAUCUUCAGGUGAAAGGCGUAUUAGAGUCCAUACAGCAGCUGCACCCGUGGUGGCGGAUCUUGGAGAAAUGUACCGCCAGGCUGAUACUGGUGCCAUAGUUUCUUUGCUUUCUAGGCUUGCUAUUGAAAAAACUUUGACCCAUAAGCUGGAAGAUGCACGGCACUCUGUGCAGUUGAGGAUUGUGAAAGCCCUUAGAGAAUAUCGAAAUCUCCAUGCUGUGCAGCACCGCUUGGCGGCCAGGAUGAUAUAUCCAGAAUCACUGAAAUUCUUGCCUUUGUAUGGAUUGGCAUUAUGUAAAUCCACACCUCUCCGUGGGGGAUUUGCUGAUGCUCAACUUGAUGAACGCUGUGCAGCUGGUUUCACUAUGAUGACUUUGCCUGUUGGAAGGUUACUGAAGCUUCUCCAUCCAAGCUUGAUUCGGAUUGAUGAGUAUCUUGAAAAGGGAUCCGUUAAGGCUGAUGAUUUUAAGAAUUUCUCAAAAAUGUUACCUUUAUCCACGGAGAGCUUGGAUCCCAGAGGUCUCUAUAUUUAUGAUGACGGGUUUCGCUUCAUUAUUUGGUUUAGCAGAAUGCUUUCGUCUGCUAUAGCAUUCAAUUUACUUGGGGUAGACUUGUCUGGUUUUCCUGAUCUAUCUCAGGUUAUUCUUUGUGAGCGAGACAAUGAGAUGUCAAGAAAGCUAAUGGGGUUACUGAAGAGAUUUAGGGAAAGUGACCCUUCGUAUUACCAGUUGCCCCAGGUUGUAAGACAAGGUGAACAACCAAGAGAGAGCAGGUUGCUACUUGCAAACCUUGUGGAGGAUCAAAAUGGAGGAACUAGUGGCCAUGUUGACUGGAUACUACAAAUACACCGGCAAGUCCAGCAAAGUGCAUAAUGUGCAGGUUGUAUUUCAUUGGCUUCAUAUAAUUGGGGAUCUGUAACCUGUUAUAUUGCCUCUAAUUCUGAUGCCAAGCAGAAUUCAUAGUUUCAUAUUUCUGUAUCAUCCAGCUGAAGUUGUUGACAAUGGUCGUCAAUGGUGCAUCAGAAUAAACUGAUCUAUGCUAUAUGGUUCCGCAGACAAGAUUGAGGGAUGGAUGAUUGAGAGCAUCAGCAUUAUCAAUGUGCAGAAAAUCAAACUAUUUUGUUGGUGUUGGUCGUCAAAUAUUUUUUUGUUGGUGUUUCUGAAAAUAAUAUUUAUUAGGAGAAGAAUUGCUUUUAACAUUAUCAUAUUGUGCCAGUGUCUUGAGAUAAAUGGGAAAAAAAAAACAAGAAGAAUUUUGUAUUGUUA